CUCAUCUUAUCUUUCCUAUGUUGUUAUUGUUGUUGUUGUCUAACAAGUACUACUACUAGCUACACCCACCAUUAAUACUAAACUAUGUAAAACCCAUUUGUUGAUUGUACUACCAAAAACUACUUCUAUAACACAACAACAACCUUUUCUCCUUAUAAAAAAAUAUUUCAAAUACCCAAAACAGCCUGCUUUUUGGUAUCAUUAAUUAAUCCAAUUAAUUAAUUAUCAUAUAUAAUUAUAAUAAAAUGCCUUCAAGAUCACUCACCGAUGCCUUUAAGUCCCACCCAGUCCAUCUCCACCACAAACACCUUGACUUUAGCUCAUUAGAUGAGUUGCCGGAAUCAUAUGCAUGGCCGGAGGAGCAACCUGCCAGCGGUGACCGGUGGCCGGAGGAGAUAUCUGUCCCUAUUGUUGAUUUAAAUGACCAAAAUGCCCUUAAACUCAUUGGACAUGCAUGCAAAACUUGGGGUGCCUUUCAAGUCACAAACCAUGGAAUCCCAUCACAACUUCUUCAUGACAUUGAAACCGCCGGUCGGAGCCUUUUUUCUCUUCCGGUUAGCCAAAAGCUCAAGGCGGCUCGCUCACCUGAUGGCGUAUCCGGCUACGGCUUGGCUAGAAUUUCUUCUUUUUUUCCAAAGCUUAUGUGGUCUGAAGGCUUCACCAUCGUUGGUUCACCUCUUGAACAUUUUCGCCAGCUUUGGCCCCAAGAUUACUCCAAAUUCUGUGAUAUAAUUGAAGAGUACGAAACUCAAAUGAAGAGGCUAGCGGGGAAGCUGAUGUGGCUGAUGCUUGGUUCUUUGGGUAUAACAAAGUCCGACGUUAAAUGGGCCGGGCCCAAAGGUGAUUUCAAAGAGGGCUCAGCUGCUCUACAAUUGAAUUCAUACCCGGCUUGUCCAGAUCCGGAUCGGGCCAUGGGUCUUGCAGCCCAUACUGAUUCAACCCUCUUAACAAUUCUACACCAAAACAGUACAAGUGGGUUGCAAGUUCUGAAAGAGGGAACUGGGUGGGUCACGGUUCCACCAGUCAAAGGAGCUCUGGUUGUGAACGUGGGUGAUCUUCUUCACAUUUUGUCAAACGGGUUAUACCCGAGUGUGCUCCAUCGGGCUGUUGUGAACCGGACCCGACACCGAUUGUCCAUUGCUUACCUUUAUGGGCCCCCAUCAAGUGUCCAAAUAUCUCCACUCCAAAGAUUAGUUGGGCCAGGCUCUCCACCUCUCUACCGUCCGAUCACUUGGAAUGAGUACCUUGGCACUAAGGCAAAGCAUUUCAACAAAGCACUUUCUUCUGUUAGACUGCCUAAUAAUUUUUCUCCUCUUAAUGGAUUAUUAAUCACCGAUGUAAAUGAUCAUAAUGCAGUCAAAGUUAAUUAAUUAAUUAUUACACUAAUAAUAAUAAUAAUAAUAAUCCAAUUUUGUUCUUUUU